AUGAUGUUAUAUAUUUUUCUAUUUAAUCUUAUUACUUCUGGUUUAUGGUGUCAAGAUAUCGAACGAGUUAUUGUAGAACAAGGACAACCAUUUUCAUUUGAUUGUCAACUAGAUGACUUAGUAUAUUUUGGUAGAAAAAUAAAUGAAUGGUCAGAAAUACAAGAAAAUAAUGAAAAUUAUUUAUAUUUAAAUAUAAAUUUUAAUUAUAUAACUAAAGAUAAUAUUUUACGGAUUAAAUCAGAUUCUGCUCAAUCAAAACAUAUUGGAUUUUAUGCAUGUCGAAAACCAACAUGGAUAAGUACAUCGAUGAAUAGUAUUUAUCAAUUGAUUUUAGCUGAUGUACAAUCAUUCUAUUGGAAUCAUAUAUGCUACGCUCCUACUGGGUCAUGUGAACGUUUAGAUGAUGUAUAUGAUGAAAAUUUAAGUAAAUUUGAAGUUAUUGAUCAAACUAAUGUUGAAUUAUUUUGUUGUGCAUCUGUAACGGGUUAUAAAAAUGUUAAUGUAUAUAUGAAUCCAAUAGGAGAUAUUCGUGGUAAUGUUGAAAUUAAUAGAAAACAAGAAAUUGAUGGUUCAUGGGUUGUUUGUGCUAAUCAACGUACAAUAUUAAAACGAACGCCAUAUUUAAAUCAACAAACAUUAACAUGUGAAUUAUUGAUAGACGAUCGACGUCAUUCAAUACUUUCAAGUGUUAUUAUAAUCAAAGAUCCAAUUCGUACAGAUUCAACAUUUGAACAUAGUUUUUCUAAAGAAGGAAAUCAAAAUGAUGGAUAUUUUAAUAAAUAUACGUCAGGUAUAGGUCGAUCAAGAAGAAGAAUGACAACCGGAAAGAAAAUUGCAAUUAUUAUUGGUUCUAUUCUCGCUGGUCUUUUUCUGUUAGGAUUAAUAAUCUUCGUAAUUGUUUUUAUAUAUCGUAUUCAAAAACAUUAUUCAUCAGUUAGAACAUCCGAACCACCAAGAUAUUUAAAUGAAAGAAAUAUAAAUGGUGAAGAACCUAUUUAUGAAGAGCCAACACAAUUGUCUGUAAAAACACCUGUAUUUAUGCGAUGUUAA